UACCGUUACUGCCUUUGGUGCAACAACACCAUCCACGAUGCUGCACAUUGCCCCACCAAAGGGAGUAGGCACCGCCGAGGGUGACUCGACACCUCCCUCGACGCCAUCGGAAGCGGUUGUGCGCACGACCGCCCUUUCUUCCGAGGCAUAUGCGGAUGUCGAGAGUCUUCCACUUUUGUUCGAAGACUUCGCUGCCGGGCUCGUUCCUUCACUGGAUGCUUCUCAAGGACAAGAUACAUGUGCGGCUUUCUCACCGUCCGAAGGUUCUUCCGCCAGUUCAUCUUCAUCAAGGGAUUCGGCAAGCGUGUUCAACGAGGAGGCUUUGGACCCGCUCACGCCCGAGGACUUCGCUUGGAUUCCUCUCCCUAUGACGGGCAACCUUCCGGGGCCGCAAAGCACAACCCUAUGCGCCCUCUUACACCAGUAUCUUUCCUUCCAUGCACCACCAACUUCGUCGACGGUAGACGAAGUCACGGUGGGGGACAUGCUUGGCUACGUUGCCAAGGUGGCCUGCGAGUUUGUCUCGCAACGAUACGAAAAAAACAACGCACCGUUGCUCUACGUUCGCAUUCAGAUUAGGCAAGCGGCCUGCAACGCUUUGCUGGAUUGCGGCCCAACUCGCAACUUCAUCAGCCAGUCCUUCAUGACUCGGGCUGGCCUUGGCGCACAAGUACGGAGGAAGUCACAUCCGACGACGGUCGCUCUUGCCGACGGUAAGAMGAAACAGCUUUUAGACCGUUACAUCUCGGCUGUCCCGGUGUACUUUGCACCGCACGCAUGUGAACCCGUCACUUUUGACGUGUUGGACACCGACUUCGAUGUCAUUUUGGGGAUGCCUUGGCUUUCUAGAACGGACCACAUGGUCAAUUUCCAUCGACGCACGCUCACGAUUCGUGAUGCAACUGGCACCGAGGUCCCGUGUACUAUUCCUCCUCCUCGCACUUCCAUUAGGUGCCAAGUCGUGAGUGCCAAAUCUUUUCGAGACACAUGUCGUUCCGAGCAUGUCGAAGAGAUUGGCAUCGCUUUGCUUCGAACCGUCCCGACGACCGAUUCAUCGUCCACAGAAGUGUCUUCCGACCCCCGUGUGACCAGGUUGUUAGACGAGUUCUCGGAUGUUUUUGAGACACCCUCCGAUAUAGUGCCGGACCAGCCAAUCUCUCACGAGAUCAUACUUGAGGCCGGCACCGUGCCAUCGAAAGGAUGCAUUUAUCGCAUGUCCGAGGAGGAGCUCAUAGUUCUCCGUGCGCAACUCGACGAUGUACUCGACAAGGGUUGGAUCCGCCCUAGYAGCUCACCUUACGGUGCGCCCGUUCUCUUCGUUCGGAAGAAGAACAAGGACCUUCGACUUUGCAUUGACUACCGACGCCUCAACGCGCAAACCAUCAAGAACGCGGGGCCUCUACCUCGCAUUGACGAUUUGCUUGAGCGGUUGGGCCGCGCGAAGUACUUUUCGAAGUUGGACCUCAAGUCGGGCUACCAUCAGAUUUCCAUCCGCCCGCAAGAUCGGUACAAAACCGCGUUUAAGACGCGAUAUAGGCAUUUUGAGUGGGUAGUUAUGCCUUUUGGCCUCACCAAUGCCCCGGCCACCUUUCAGGCGGCCAUGACCAUCGAGUUUCGCGCUAUGCUGGACCGCUUCGUUUUAGUCUACUUAGACGACAUCCUCGUCUAUAGCCGAUAUCUACAGGAGCAUCUCGAGCACCUUCGCCGUGUUCUAGAGACUCUUCGGUCAGCCCGGUACAAAGCUAACCGCGAUAAAUGCGAGUUUGUCCGGCAAGAGCUUGAAUACUUGGGUCAUUUUGUCUUUUCGGAAGGCAUUCGUCCAUUGGCGGACAAGAUUCAAGCCAUCCAGGAGUGGCCCGAGCCGAAGAAUGUGACGGACGUCCGAUCCUUCCUCGGCUUGGCCGGUUAUUAUCAGCGCUUCAUCAAGGGUUACUCGAAGAUCGCGGYCAACCUAAGCAAGUUACAAAGCGAGGAGCGGCCUUUUGUUUUCGAUGACGACGCGCGCCAUUCUUUUUAGACACUCAAAGCGACACUCUUGUCCACCGAGGUGUUACAUAUUUACGACCCGC